GCUGUCUAACUAAAGAAGAAGAAGAAGAAAACGAGGAGCCUCAGCCAGGCCUCGGACCCGGAAGUGCUGUAAAGUGUUUAGAUCCAGCGCAUUUUCACUAACUGACAACAAACAUGCUGUUUAAUCUAUAAUGGUUUCAAUUCUGUCAAAAAGAUGUCGGAGAUGUUACUGAAGGAGAUGGAAGAAGUGUCUCUUAGUCAGUCGAAGGAAGAAGAGAAGGAGCGCAGACGGAGUUUCCUCCUGAUUGAUGAAAAUGAAAGUCUGCAGGUGGAAGAUGAGUGCCACUUCCUGAGGAAACUGGGCUGCAGCGCGGCUGAAGGAGUCAAGGUGCUCUCCAUCUUCGGCAACACCGGCGACGGCAAAUCCCACACGCUCAACCACGUGCUGUUUGACGGCGAGGAUGUGUUCGCCACGUCUCCCUCUCCCGCCUCGUGCACUAUUGGAGUGUGGGCCUCCUACGAGCCUCAUCUGGGCCUGAUCGUGCUGGACACUGAGGGUCUGCUCGGAGCGGCCACGCACCAGAACCAGAGAAUGCGGCUGUUGUUGAAAGUGCUGGCCGUGUCCGACGUAGCCAUGUACCGCACGCGUGCCGAGCGUCUGCACAACGACAUGUUUCACUUUUUAGGAAGCGCUUCAUCUGCGUAUCUGAAGUACUUUACACCUCAGCUGCGUGCUCUUUCCAACCGCUGUGGGCUUGAUGUCCCGCUCUCCAACCUUGGGCCAGCGGUGGUGGUGUUCCAGGAGACCUCACGAACUCAGCUGCUGGGUCACGACACCACAGUCCCAGCAGACAUCGUGCUUCAGAAGCGCUUCCAUGACCUGGGCCUAAGCACAGAAGCCUUCAGCUCGGUGCAGUAUGUGGGCACGCAGACCAUCACACCUCCUACAGACUUCUCUCAGCUAAAGGAGAUCAUCACAAAGCAGGUGAAGAGCACGGCGUCACGAGCCCCGCGCCAGCCGAACAUCGUCUUCAGCGCACUGCAGGCCUUGAGUGAUCGAUUCUGUGGAGAUAUCUCCGAUGACAAAAUUAGCAUGUACACCUUCUUCCCUGAUGAGUAUUUCACCUGCCCUUCUGUCUGCCUCAGCUGCAGCAUUCGUUGCAAGAAUGGCAUGAAUCACCAGAAAGACCGAGUGCCUCACAUGGCGGAUGGAUUGUGUCAGUACGCUCAUCAGUACAACAACAAGGUUCUCAUAUGCAAGAAAUGCUAUGAAGGUGGAAAGGAAGUGAUCGUUGUGCCCAAAACGUCAGCCUCCACUGAUAACCCCUGGUUUGGUCUGGCAAAGUACGCCUGGUCCGGGUACGUGCUGGAGUGUCCAUUCUGUGGCAUCAUCUACCGGAGCAGGCAGUACUGGAUGGGGAAUCAAGACCCCGAGAGCACCGUGGUGCGCACUGAAGUCAAGCACGUCUGGCAGGGGUCGGAAGCAUUCCAGGCAGACCAUCAGAACGCGGCUCAGCGAGUGCUAGAUGGGGUUAACUACGUCCUCCAGUCUGUCUCAGAGUAUAGCUCUGGUCCCACUAAAGCAGUCACAGCCUGGAUCACAGAUCAGGUGGCUCCACCUUACUGGAGACCAAAUGCUGAAAUUACGGAGUGCCAUGGCUGUAAGCGGCUGUUCGAGGAGGUGGAGAGGAAGCAUCACUGCCGUGCUUGUGGUGAGGGUUUCUGUCAGGCCUGCUCCACCCGCAGCAUGCCUGUGCCUGAGAGAGGCUGGGGCCAGAACCCGGUGCGAGUUUGUGACGCCUGCCACCGUCGAGGAUCGGCUCCACAAACCGUCCAGGUGGCACAGACGGAGCCCAAGGCACUGGUGGCCCGCAAAGUGACAGAGGUGGCACAGUCUACUCUGGACAUGGUCUCCACUGCAGUAGACUACUCUCUUUGUUUUGUAAAAGGCGUGGCCAGACCUGACUACUGGGUUCCAGACCACGAGAUCACGCAGUGCCACCAGUGUACCAAGGCGUUCAGCUCGAGCGUGGCCAAGCACCACUGCCGCGCAUGUGGCCAGGGUGUGUGUGGUGUGUGCUCGUCUCAGUGCCGCCCCGUGCCCUCUCGCGGCUGGGAUCACCCGGUGAGGGUGUGUGAUGACUGCGCCACUCAGUUAGACUCCCAGUGAAUCCGGAAAUAGCGACACACUCAAACCCAGUGGCUCUGAAACACAAGGAGGAGUGGCUCCCAGAAUUCUGCCAUUUUUCCAGUGUAUCUUAUCUGAUGGCAUUAACCUAAAACAUCAGUCAGAAGAAUGUCAUCGAUGAACGCUGAAUUAAUCAGCAGCUUUUGAAUGACACUAGCAAACAAAACGACAGACAGAGUUUGGGACAGAUUUUUAUCUCCUGAGCUUCUCCGGUGCCUCCCCUCCUGUAUCGUCCUACAGCGCGAUGUUUAUUACUCUCUCAGCACUACAGCUUGUAGUUUAGUGUUCAAUAAAGAACAUUUUCAGGGGAAUCCAGGGCAGGAAAGUUCCCACUGUGAACAUGUAGUAAGGUUUAUUAGAUGGCGAGUGUGGCACUUCAGAGAAAAGUGUCACAUGGAGGCUCUUCACACUGAAAUCAGGUACUUAUGACUAACAAAUCUGCUAGUUUCUGCAUCAUGCAAACGUGUCAACAUUUAAUAAGCAAAAAAAAAAAAAUGCACUGAUUGCAGAUCUGGCUGCGUCUUUAUGUGUGGGUGUUUUAAAUUCUCCAGAAUGACCCGCCCUCCUAGAAGCCCCGCCCCCUUCCCCAUCAUGUCAAAGGAGUAAUCUCUCGUUUUAAAAUAUGCAGCAUCACUUUCUGUCAUGGUGAACGUUUGGAGACUGGAGAACGUUUUCGUUUCAUUAAUGUGAAAUGAAUCAAAUUUAAUCCGGUGCAGUUUAACUCGCUUGUCAAGUAUCUAGUCAUCAGUUAACUGUGUUUAUACGAAACGCCACUGAAAAUAUAGAGAAGUGAUUUAUUGACUGUAUUCCACUUCACAGUUGCAGGACUGUUCAGAACAUCCUAACAUUAACCCAGUCAGUGUAUCCGCAGAAAUCAGAUUUAACGGAGUGUCUCUGUGUUUUUCUUGCUGUUGUUGUUGUUUACAUUUUGCUGAACACUGUUCUGUAAAUUCUCUGAAAUGUAAUCAGACCUACAGAGCAGAAAGGUGUCGAGUCAAAGAGCCGUUCAAGUCGGCGUGC